AUUUGCUGUCUCUCUCUUUUUGCCAUCAUUAUUGCUUCCAAUACCAAUCACUCCAAAGGCGAAACCCCAGAAACGCUGUCGUUUCGAAACCAUGUCGUCGUCGGCGAAGAAGAUCACCCUGAAGAGCUCGGACGGCGAGUCCUUCGAGGUCGAAGAGGCCGUCGCGCUGGAGUCGCAGACGAUCAAGCACAUGAUCGAGGACGACUGCGCCGAUAACGGAAUUCCUCUUCCCAACGUCACCAGCAAGAUCUUGGCCAAGGUCAUCGAGUACUGUAAGAAACACGUCGACGCUGCUAAGCCCGACGAGAAGGUCACCGAGGAAGAGCUCAAGAUUUGGGACCAGGAUUUCGUUAAGGUUGACCAGGCCACGCUCUUCGAUCUAAUCUUGGCUGCAAACUACUUGAAUAUCAAGAAUCUGCUGGACCUGACAUGCCAGACUGUUGCGGACAUGAUCAAGGGAAAGACCCCAGAGGAGAUCAGGAAGACCUUCAAUAUCAAGAAUGACUUCACCCCGGAGGAAGAGGAGGAGGUGCGUCGUGAGAACCAAUGGGCAUUCGAAUAGAUGGAGAUGAUCUCAGUGGUGUUUUGUUGUUUAUGGCAUGAUACCUACUACUAUGUACUCUAGCUAAGCAAUUGACUUAUGUCAUUUUAUGUUUUGAAGUACAUUUUAUUCUAGUCGUGAAUCCUUUGAAUUGUAGAUAAAUCUUCGAAGUCUGGUAUUGGUAGUGGUUUGUUCCAUUAUCAAUCCUGCCGGUCAAUUUACUGUACUACUGAAUGCUUUUGGUUACCCUAAGUUGUUGAAUUUCCUCUGCGCCUUCUUA